UCUAUUUCUUCUUAUUAUUAUUAUUAUUAUUUGUUUAUUUAUUUAAAGCGACUGUUCUAGUCCUACUUCUAUCUUAGCCGAAAUACUAACUUCCUUUCAAUAAAUGCCUGCCACGUCCCCCCCGGGAAUCCGAGGCUCCGUUAACGGACGUUAACAAACCUAACCUCUCAUCUCUUAAAGCGUUAAAAAGGGCAGCACAGAGAUCCAACGGCUGGGAAGCUCUGGCGCCAACUAACAAAACAAACACCAUCUGGUCAACAAAGAGAUCCCACCAAUCAUUGAAAGCCAUGUGGCUAAACGGCAUCCUCGACCCGCGACAGCUUAGUAGAACCACCGGUUUACCUGGAAUCGCCGGUGGCCAACCACAUAGCAACCAGCAUACUUCCAUUUUCUUGGUCCAAUUCUCUCUUUUCAACACCUUUUGCGUCUCUCUGUUUGGGGGUUUUCUUUCUAUUGGGUCACCUUACGAGAAAAUACUAAAAAAAAAAAAGAAAAAAGGGAAACGAAAGAGAAAAGGCAAAGCACAAAGAAUCAUAAUAUUCACCCUUUGUGAGAGGUUCUCUGCUUUUCUUCAGAGCUUUCCUCCAAUCGUUGGAGCUUUGUUGUUUCUUUCCUUUUAUUGGGGGGUUCUUUUUGGAGAAAUUUUGGCGACUGCUUCAAGUUAUUAUAAAAUCCAAUUUUUUGAUGGUUUGCUGGAUAGCUUGAUCAAAGGUAAUUGAGGGCUUAGUCAUCAUAUAAAGUUUGGAUUUUGAUGACUAUCUGGCUAAGGGUAGUUUGAUCUAGGAGUUGACUCUGAUUCCAUAUUUUAAAAUUAUUACAGCUUUCCUCAACGAAUUGGUUUUCUGAAUUGUUGUCAAGUAAAUCUGAUGCGCAAAAUAUAAGAUUCCUUGGAAUUUCGUCAACUUAUUUGAUCGCUUGGGUGAUUUUUAUUAGUUAUUUUUAUCCGUGGACUUUGUUUUUGUCUGAAGAAAAUUAAGUUGGGCUAUUUUGUUGGGAACAUUUCUGAGAAGUUGCUGUAGGAUUUGGUUGUUUUGGAACCUUUUGAGUAGUUGCUCCAAAAAUUUUAAAGAAAGGGUUUCUUUUUUUUUUUUAAUAACUUGAAAGGGUUCUCCAAGGUCUUUUUUUUAUGGUUGGGAAAGGAUUUUUCACCUCCAUUAGCAAUCAUAGAAGGUGGUUUUAGUAAGGAUAAUGUAUCUGACAUGGAAAAUGAAAAUUUGGAUAUCGUGAAACAAGUGAAUCUUGGUAAACCUCCGCGCCACCUCUCAGUUAUGCGCCAUUGUGUGAGUUCAGCGAGGCUGAUUGCUGAGGCUAAUUUGGAAUUGGAUGUUAGUAUUGUAGUCCACAAGUCAUCUUCUGUUGAAAAAACCGAGUUUUUGCCCGUGUUGCGAUCAGGAAGCUGUGCUGAAAUAGGACCCAAACAGUAUAUGGAGGAUGAACACACUUGCAUAGAUGAUCUUAUUGGACAUCUGGGGGCAACUGCAGAGUUUCCUUCUCCAGGAGCUUUCUACGGGGUUUUUGACGGUCACGGAGGAACAGAUGCAGCUAUAUUUAUUAGGAAGAAUAUCCUUAAAUUCAUCAUUGAAGACUCCCAUUUUCCAAUUUGUGUGGAAAAGGCAAUCAAGAGUGCUUUUCUGAAAGCUGAUUAUGCAUUUGCAGAUGCUAGUUCUCUUGAUACAUCCUCCGGCACCACUGCAUUAACUGCACUUAUUUUUGGAAGGACCUUGAUAAUUGCAAAUGCUGGGGAUUGUCGAGCUGUGCUGGGAAGGCGAGGUAGAGCAAUUGAAAUGUCCAGGGACCACAAACCUAAUUGCACAUCUGAAAGACUAAGAAUUGAGAAACUUGGCGGAGUCAUUUACGAUGGCUACCUCAAUGGUCAAUUAUCUGUGGCACGUGCACUUGGAGACUGGCAUAUGAAGGGGCUAAAAGGAUCUGCCUGUCCUUUAAGUGCAGAGCCGGAGCUGCAGGAGACAGACCUGAGUGAGGAAGAUGAAUUCUUAAUAAUGGGAUGUGAUGGGUUGUGGGAUGUUAUGAGCAGUCAGUGUGCUGUGACUAUGGCAAGGAAAGAGCUGAUGCUUCAUAAUGAUCCUGAAAGAUGUUCAAGAGAGCUUGUCAGGGAGGCACUGAAGCGCAACACUUGUGAUAAUUUAACAGUAGUUGUGGUUUGUUUUUCUGCUGAUCCGCCCCCUCGAAUAGAAAUACCACAAUCCCGUGUUCGGAGGAGCAUAUCAGCAGAAGGGCUGAAUUUACUGAAGGGUGUGCUGGACUGUAACUGAUGAAACAGGGAUAGUUGAAAGAGGUUGUGCGUAAACCACAUUGGAGGGUGAAAUAGUCGUGGCAUUUUUCCCCCAAGUAGCUUCAGCUGUCCCCUUCACCAUGGCUGACAUUCAUCCUCAUUCAGGGACAUCCUUAUCAUGUAGAAUAUGAUUCUUUUUGAGUUUUUAAAUCCUGUACAUCUGAGAUAACUCAUGUUGUACAGAUUGGCAGGACUCAUUGUUCAAACCGUUUUUCUUUCUUCUUCAUCUGCUUACUCUGUAAAUAAACUGAAUCUUGAGAGAUAUGUUCCAGCCCUCUUUCACUAAAUCAAAUAAUUGCUAUCGUUGACCAUUGGUUACAUUAUUGGUUCUUGUUGUAUGGGUACCCCGCCCAUUGUUAUGACGUUUUUCCAUAUCAACUAGCCACAUGCAAAUCUGAUUUGUCAAAGACAUAGCGUUCAUGAAAACGCUGCUAGUGCAUUGAUGCAGGUGUCAUAGACCGAGAUUCAAUCUUCAAGUUGUGUAGUUCUAAGGCUCUGGUAUAGACUCAUUUGGUGUCUCAGAUCAAUUUAAUUGUCAAAGGUUCACACUUUUGUAAAAUAUUGUCCAGUUCUUUUGGUUUCAGGGUUUACACUCUUAUGAAAUAUUAUCCGCUUCGAUCAACUUAAUUUUGUUCCACGAAAGAGACCUCACAAGAAAAAGAUGACGUGAACUCUUAUAUCUCAUAAUCAAUUUUAAUAUACAGCCUAUGUGAGAAUUCUUAUAUUUCAUAAUCAAUUUUAGUAUACAAUAGAUAUGAGAUUCAUGGUUUUUCUUUAGGACAGUGAUAUCUUUUUCA